GAAUGGCUGCCAAUAAUCAUAUAUUUUCUCUCUCAGGACGGGGACUAAAGCUUGAAAGUAAAGAAGAGACUCUUUCAGCUAUUGAACAAUUGGUUUUAGAGGAAAAUAUUCGUGAAAUUUAUUUAAAUGGGAAUACUAUGAGCGUUGAAGCAUGUCGAAUUUUAGGAGAGGUAAUUCGGACGAAGAAAGAUUUGGAGGUAGUGGACUUUUCGGAUAUUUUUACGGGUCGAUCAGCUAAAGAAAUCCCUUUUGCAUUAGAAUAUUUAUUGUCAGGGCUUGUUUCAUCUGGAAAAUGUAAUACUGUUUAUUUAAGUGACAAUGCAUUUGGACCUACGGCAUCUAAACCAUUAAUUGCAUUUUUAUCACGGCAUCGGCCACUUAAACAUCUUUAUCUGACAAAUAAUGGACUAGGACCAUCUGCAGGAGCAUGCGUUGCUCGAGCAUUAGAGGAACUGGCAAAAAUUCAAAGUGUGGAACCAUCCAUAUAUUUAGAAACUCUAGUAUGUGGUAGAAACCGUUUAGAAAAUGCGAGUAUGAAGGCUUGGUCGGCAUGUUUCCGAGCGCAGAAGAAUUUAACACACGUAAGAAUGUCACAAAAUGGGAUCCGACCGGAAGGGAUUCGUAUUUUGCUUGAAACAGGGCUAUCAGCAUGUUCACUAUUACAAACUCUUGAUUUGCAAGAUAAUACAUUUACAGUUUUAGGUGCAAAAACUUUAGCAAGAAUGCUUCCGAAGUGGCCACACCUUGUGGAGCUUGGAGUUAGUGAUUGUCUUUUAUCAAGAGCAGGGGGGAAAUUAUUAGCUCAAGCUUUAUUUGAUAGUAAUUUUAUACGAUUAAAAAUAUUGCGAUUACAAUACAAUGGAAUAGACGAAGAAGGUGUAGAAAUAUUAGCAAAUGCAAUAGAAAGAACACUACCAAACUUGGAGUUAUUAGAAUUAAAUGGCAAUGUAUUUUCAGAAGAAGAUGAAUCAGUAGAAAAAAUUAGAAAUAUUUUUGAAAAACGAGGAAAAGGCGUGCUGGAUGACCUAGAUGAUAUGGAAGAGCCUUCUGAGUCAGAUAAUAUAGGAGAAUCGUCUGAACUGGAAAAUUCAGAUGAUUUGAAUGAGAAUCUUGACCAUAUAGAAGAAAAGGAAAUCGAAUUUCCGAUAAAGAAAGAAGCGAGAACAAAUAUUUCUGCUUUGUUGGAAAGGACACACUUGAUGUAAUAUAAAAUUUGUUUAAAUUUAUCAUAAUAUCAUAAUAUUGAAAAUAGUCAUAUAUCAUAAAAGAAGUAUUUUAAUUAUAAU